GAGAAAGCUGAGGCCUUCCCCAUGCACUUCAUUCCACCAUCACCAUACAAAAAAUGAGUGAUGAUGCCAUUUCCAAUGGCUUCUCUUUUCUUCUUUUUUUCUUGAGUACCUCACUUGGCAUAUAAAUCUCUUAUCAGCAACCCUGGUGCUCUUCAGUUGCAGCCAUGGCAAGCCAUGCAACUCUUGCCUCCUCUAGAAUCCCUUGCAGCAUGGGGUUCCACUCCAAGACCAACUCACCCUGCUUCACCAAGAGGCUAGAGUUUGCUGAAUUCUCCAGACUAAAAUCAUGCUCGAGCAUCACUUUUGCAGGGCACAGCAGAGAAGCAUCCUUCUCGGAUGUGUUGGCCUACCAGUUAUCUACCAAGGCAGCUAGAGAUGUUCCUCCAAAAGGGGUGACUGUUGCAAAGUUGAAGGUUGCAAUCAAUGGUUUCGGGAGAAUAGGUCGAAACUUCCUCCGCUGUUGGCACGGCCGGAAGGACUCACCACUGGAGGUCAUCGUCGUCAAUGACAGUGGCCGUGUCAAGAAUGUAUGGCACAUAUGA